UCUCCUGGACCUCUGAGGACAGGACAAGAAGCAAUGGGCUUCGGGGUGGGAGAAAACCUCCUCCUACUGGGUUGUUGCUAGAUGUGGCCUGGCAUGUCCUGCCCAUCGGGGCUCCCAUUGUCUUUCUGCAUCCUCCGCUGCCGUGGGUGGGUGUCAGGCAGUCCUUGAGCGACCUAUUCAUGCCAUCCCAGGCCAUGCACAGCAAUGCGAAGCGCAGAGGGAAACUGAGGCACACACGGGCAUCAUACACAUUACCAAACUUCCCCCUUGGUCCCAGAGAGACGGAUGGGAGUGGAGAGCCGGUAAGGGGUGUGCCCCUCACAGAGGGAGGGUAGGAACUCAGCCAGCACCAGGCUAACACUCUCACUGUCCCUGGGGCAGAGGCCAUUCGGCAGAGUAACCAGAUGCUGCGGCAGCGCUACCAGGAGUUCCUGCGCUUCAAGGCCGCACAGCGCAAGGAGAAGGACUUCCUGAUGCUCCGUUUCCGGGAGGCCCGGGAUGUGGUGGAGAAGCUGAACGCUGAGCGGACCGAGAUGAAGUGUCAACUGGAGCAGGCCCUCUGGGAGGUGGAGCAGCUCAAGGGAAGGCAGCAGCUGAGCGCCCUGGAGAAGGAGAUCCCUGAGCCAGAGGAGGCUGACACUAUGACCCUGACCCAGGAGUUGGCUGAGCCCAUGAUGGCCCCUGGCCCGGAGACCCUGCAGCUGCUGAAGGAGCAGCUGGAGCAGCUCCAGGAGGCCAACCGGGCCCUGCAGGACCAGAUCCAGCAGCAGGUGCAGCCCCCAGGAGAGGCUGGUGUGAGGGUCAAGGAGAAUGGGGUCCAGCUGGAGAGGCCGGUGGAGCUGGAGGCCCUGCAGGGCGGCGGGGACAGCGGCAGGCGGGACGCAGCCGAGCUGCUGCAGAGGAGGCUGAAGGAGACGGAGGAGGAGAGCGUGGGGCUGAAGCAGCAGCUGGCAUUGGUGCGGGAGGAGAUGGCCAAGCUGGGAGCCAGGGCACAGGAGACUGAGCAGCAGGCCGAGCAGCAGCUUCAGGCCCUGAGGAAACAGCUGGAGCAGCUGACUGAGGACAGGGCCUCGGUGAAAGCCCAGGUGACCUCACUGCUGGGGGAGUUGCAGGAGAGCCAGAGCCGGCUGGAGACCUGUAUGCUGGAGAAGCGGGAUCUGGAGGAGAAAGCACAGGCUGCUGCCGAGCGGUGCUGCAAGCUGGAGCGGGAGGCCGAGGCGCUGCACAAGCAGCACAGCGUGCAGACGGACCAGCUGCGCAUGCAGGCCCAGAACCUGGAGACGGCGCUGCGGGUGGAGAGACAGGGCGCCACAGAGGAGAAGAGGAAGCUGGCCCAGCUGCAGGCAGCCUAUCACCAGCUCUUUCAGGAUUACGAUGGGCACGUGAAAUCCGGCCUAGAGAGCGAGAAGAAGAGCCAGGGCAUGGAGCUGCACCUGGAGGAGCUGCAGCAGCAGCUGCAGCAGGCUGAGGAGGCACUGGUGGCCAAGCAGGAGCUGAUUGACAAGCUGAAGGAGGACAUGGAGCAGCACAAGGCUGUGCUGGAGACCAUCCCUGUGCUGAAGGCCCAGGCUGAUAUCUACAAGGCGGAUUUCCUAGCGGAGCGUGAGGCCCGGGAGAAGCUGCACGAGCAGCGCGAAGAUCUGAAGGAGCAGUUUGAGCAGCUACGGCGGGACUAUGACAAGCUGAUAGCAGAUGCUAAUGGAGCCACCUGGACUCUGAUGGAGGAGAUGAGGAACCGCCAUUCGGAGGGGCGCCCACCUGUACCCCAGCCAGUUUACAACAUGGCCCCAGUACCUUUCCAACCCCUGCCAGCUGCAGGGCGCAGGCGAAGUAUCCACCAGGAGCAGCCGGAUUUCUGCUGUCCCAAGUGCCAGUACCAAGCUCCGGACAUGGAUACACUGCAGAUCCAUGUGAUGGACUGUAUCAAGUGAUGCCCAUGAAGGAGGAGGAGGCUGGGGUCGAGGGGGGUGCCUGGCCUGCUCCACUCUUUGCUUCCCCCCCAUGGCACUUGCUGUUCUGCGACACAAUGCUGCAAACUGGGUUCACAGCUGUCUUGAGCCAGUUGGAAUGGACAGUCUGUGGGUACCAUGGGGGAGGAUGGGGUUUGCACCAUUGUUUCUGCCUUACGUGAAACUGAAUGUACCUGAUUUGCUGUAAUUCAGGGAUUUGACAAUCUGUGGAGACUGACAGAUUAGUGGUGGGGAGCAGGGGUGCUGAGAGCUACUGAACCAAACUUUAAACCCUGUAUAUAAUGGAAACCCCUUCAAGCUGGGGUGUGGCAGCACCUGGUGGAGGGGCAAAGAGGGGCAGCAGGAACGUUUCACUGUUCAGCUCCUUUUUAAGCACCUUAUUGCUAACCCUGCAGCAUUUGCAGAGUGUGGCGGAGAAGACAGAUUCCCCUGCUCAGUUUCAGGCUGUCGCAGCAUCUCUCUGCUUUCCUUCUACACUGUGCUUUGGUUAUUUAACAUUAUGGUCCAUGUGCUGCUCUGAAAGUCAGACUCUUGCCUUAAUGUAAAUUCUAUUGAAACUUAAUGCAGAGGGAGGGGAGUUGAGUGUUUACAGAUAUUGCUGUAUUGAGCCCCCCUGCCUGGUGUUGCUAAAGCAUCCACAAGAUGGAGAAUCUGCCCCUUUUCUAAGUACUUGGUAUUUUCUUCUUGUUAAUGUGCUUAUACACUGUGUGAAUCUAGCUCAAUCACCAGGUCUGCCUUCCUCUACCAUGGAAUAACAGAAAUAUCCAAAACACAAGUGCUGGCACUAAUGAGGGGAGGGGAGAAGACAAGAUAGCAAAUAAAAUUCAGUGUUGAUUAAUCCCAAGAGCAGCUGUUUUACACACACACCGUGUGUAGCAAGGCCUAUGUUUUCCAAGGUGCAUUCGUUUGCAUUUAUGGGUCAUCUGGAAGCUAUGCCCCCUCACUCUUUAAGCACCAGAGCAGGGCAGGCAGUAGGGGUCUGGGUCACUUGUGUCAAUCCUUAGUCCAGUACUAUUCAAGUCUUGUGAAAUAGCGAAGGAGCUGCCACAAUGCUCCACCUAUGCACAUCGUUGAGGCCUGAGUGGAAGUGCUGCCUCCAGUUCUGGCA